AGUGCUUCAAACCCUACACCAACACAGAGUGCAGAGAGAGAGAGAGAGAGAGAGAGAGGAGGAGGAAUGGAAAGAAAGAAUGAAGAAGAAGAAACAGAAACGGGAAAAUCAGAAUUGGAUGCAUCGCAAAUAGAGUACGUGAGCUAUGGAGGUGAACACCAUCUACCCCUUGUCAUGUCCCUUGUUGACCAAGAACUCAGUGAACCUUACUCCAUCUUCACCUACCGUUACUUCGUCUAUCUCUGGCCCCAACUUUCUUUCCUGGCUUUUCACAAUGGGAAGUGUGUGGGGACGGUGGUGUGUAAGAUGGGUCAGCAUCGAAAUACGUUCAGAGGCUACAUUGCUAUGCUGGUUGUCAUCAAGCCUUAUAGAGGCAAAGGCAUUGCUACAGAACUUGUUACCAGAUCUAUCAAAGUGAUGAUGGAAUCUGGUUGUGAAGAGGUAACAUUGGAAGCAGAAGUCACAAAUAAAGGAGCAUUAGCACUGUAUGGCCGUCUGGGUUUUAUUAGGGCAAAACGGCUCUUCCGGUACUACUUGAAUGGAGUUGAUGCUUUCCGUCUGAAGCUUUUAUUCCCUUGUCCAGAUUUAUAUCCCUCCCUGCCUAUGAUAGCAAACAAAGAUGAAAGCUACAGUCACAAUGAUCACAUACCACAUGAAGAAUGUUGUGAGCUACAUCAACACUUGUAAUUUAGAUUUUCCAGCUCAGUAUAUGUUUAUCCACAAAAUUGUGCAGUUCAGUGCUAGAGUCAUUUAUGAUUUAUCUAUAACUUUUUAUCUCUGACAUAAUUUCGCAAUGAGAUGUAUACUAUCUUCAUGAUC